UCUGAGACAAACCAAUAUAUCUCUUCCAUCCCCCGGCGCCACCUCGCCGCCGUCUCCUUCCUGGGCGGGGUGAUCCCGGCGGAGAAAAAUAGUCCCCCCACCGGGCCGACUCAUCUUAGGGCCACGGGGGGGCGAAAACCCGCCCACGCCCCUCGACCCGGUCGGUCCCUUCCGCCAGGACAACAAGGCCCGACAAGGGCAGCUCAGAGACGCGGCGGGACCGUGCGCACGACAGAGGGCGUGGGAGGGUGGGGCGGAAGGACAUCAGGGCGACGCCGCCCUCCAGCGCGCACGCGCAGGGAGGACGGGAAAAGUUCCGGCCCGUCCUGGACCUGGCUCCUAAAAAUAGCCCCUGGAAGCGGGAUCAAUGCGCUGAGGUCCCAGCGAGUCCCGAGCUGGAGGCGGCGGCGGUGGCGUCGCCGGGCAGAGCUGCGGUGUGUGUUGUGUGCGUUGUGUGUUGUGUGACAGCGCUAGUGCGGGGCACGGUGUUGCAUUUUAACAGAGAGCAACAAGGAAGAAUUUGUGAUAUUCUAAAUAAAUCAGCAAUAACCUUUUGCCUGGAAGCUGAGAGAAAAAAUUGCAUACCAUGCAUUAGAAUAUUGAAGAUAAAUACUUUCUGGAUUAUAUCAUUAUUUGGAUCAUAAAAAGGGAAAGGAGAACGUGAAAAUGGGGCGGAAGAAAAUACAGAUCACACGGAUAAUGGAUGAAAGGAACCGACAGGUGACCUUUACCAAGAGAAAGUUUGGAUUAAUGAAGAAAGCCUAUGAACUUAGUGUGCUCUGUGACUGUGAAAUAGCACUCAUCAUUUUUAACAGCUCUAACAAACUAUUUCAGUAUGCCAGCACUGAUAUGGACAAAGUUCUCCUCAAGUACACAGAAUAUAAUGAACCGCACGAGAGCAGAACCAACUCGGAUAUCGUUGAGGCUCUGAACAAGAAGGAACACAGAGGGUGCGACAGCCCAGACCCUGACACUUCAUAUGUGCUCACUCCGCAUACGGAAGAAAAAUAUAAAAAAAUUAACGAAGAGUUUGAUAAUAUGAUGCGGAAUCAUAAAAUCGCACCUGGUUUGCCACCUCAGAACUUUUCAAUGUCUGUUACGGUCCCAGUGACCAACCCCAAUGCUUUGUCCUACAGUAACCCAGGGAGUUCCUUAGUGUCCCCGUCACUGGCAGCCAGUUCUUCGUUGGCGGACACAAGCAUGCUCUCUCCACCUCAGGCCACUUUGCAUCGAAACGUGUCACCUGGAGCCCCUCAGAGACCUCCAAGUACUGGAAAUGCAGGAGGAAUGUUGAGCACUGCAGACCUCUCAGUGCCAAAUGGAGCUGGAAACAGCCCUGUGGGGAAUGGCUUUGUAAACUCCCGAGCUUCUCCAAAUCUGCUGGGAACCACUGGGGCUAACAGCUUGGGCAAAGUCAUGCCCACAAAGUCCCCCCCUCCUCCAGGAGGUGGAAAUCUCGGCAUGAACAAUCGCAAACCAGAUCUUCGAGUAGUCAUCCCCCCUUCCAGCAAGGGUAUGAUGCCUCCACUGUCGGAGGAGGAUGAAUUGGAGUUGAAUACCCAAAGGAUAAGUAGUUCUCAAUCUACUCAACCUCUUGCUACCCCUGUGGUGUCUGUGACAACCCCAAGCUUGCCUCCACAGGGACUAGUGUACUCAGCCAUGCCCACUGCCUACAACACUGAUUACUCACUGACUAGUGCAGACCUGUCUGCCUUGCAGGGGUUUAACUCCCCAGGAAUGCUGUCUCUAGGACAGGUAUCUGCAUGGCAACAACACCAUUUAGGACAAGCAGCUCUCGGAUCACUUGUUGCUGGAGGGCAAUUAUCUCAGGGUUCCAAUUUAUCCAUCAAUACCAAUCAGAACAUCAACAUAAAGUCUGAACCGAUUUCACCUCCCCGGGAUCGCAUGACCCCAUCUGGAUUCCCUCAGCAGCAGCAGCAGCAACAGCAGCAACAACAGCAGCAGCAGCAACAGCAGCAGCAGCAACAGCAGCAGCAGCAGUCGUCCCGGCAAGAAAUCGGACGCUCCCCUGUUGACAGUCUCAGUAGUUCCAGUAGUUCUUACGACGGCAGUGAUCGCGAGGAUCCGAGAAGCGACUUCCAUUCUCCAAUUGGGUUGGGAAGACCCCCAAACACUGAGGACAGAGAAAGCCCUUCAGUAAAGCGAAUGAGGAUGGACACAUGGGUGACAUAAAGCUACCUGUGUUGCUGUUUUUAUUUUGUGUUAUUGCAAUGAACUGUCCUACAUAUCUAAAUUUAUAAAUAAGGACAUGAGUUAAAUAUAUUUAUAUGUAUAUGCAUACAUAUAUUUCUCUUUACUUAUAUAUGUAUGGGUGUGGGUGUGUGAGCGUGUGCGUGUGUGUGGCAUACACAGAAUCAGGCACUUAUUGCAAACUCCUUGUAUAUCUGCAGAUGUCCUAUGGUAAAAACAAAGAACCCUGUAGGCAGUGGUCUAGUCUGGCACUUUCUUGGACUUUCUGUUUAUUAAUAUAACCAGUUUUUGCAGAGAAACAUUGUACCCAUAUAUAUCCUACCACACUAGCUUGCAGAUACCUAGAGGGCUUCGCCUGUAGUAAUGUCCCCUAUGUGUUUAUUCAAACUGUGUGGUUACGUGUAGUUGAUUAAGAAAAAUGCUUUGUAGCAGCAGAGCAGUAGAAAAGCAGGAAAAAGAAAGCAAUACUGUACAUAAACUGUCAUUUAUAUUACCCAACUCGGCAUGGGUCUCUAUUGCAAAGGGGUGCAUGGGAAGGGCUGAUGCUAUUUAAAAAAACAAACAAACACACGUACCGGUUUUGCACGUGCAAAAAUGUAUCGGGUCAAAGAAGUGAUCUUUAGCUAAUAAAAAGAGAGACAUAGAAAACAUGCAUGAAAUAUUCAGAGAAAUAUUAGCCUAGAAAAUAGAGCAUUAAAUUAAAAUUAAUAUAUUAAGUUAUAAUUGGAAUAUGUUUGAAAAGUUUCUUUUUACAUUCAUACCUUUAAAAAAGAGAAACUGAUUUUAGCUCAUGUAUAUUUUAUAUUAAAGAAAACAAUACCCUUAUGAAUUGAUGACUAUAUAAAGUUAUAUACAGUACUUUUGAACACAUUCUGCUAUGAAUUAUUUAUAUAAGCCAAAGCUGUAUGUUGUAGCUUUUUUUGUAGAGUAUAGUUUUAUCUUCUUGUUUUGAUUUUUUAAUUUUGCUUUCAGAGGGGGAAAAAAAACUUGCAGGCGGAACCUUGGAAAAAAAAAGCCAUGAACACUUAUUAUUCUAUAUGUAAAUUAAAAUUUGAGCCAAAAUCUUUUUGUGUAUAUAGCAUCUUAAAUAUAUUAUCACCUUUGGUGUAAGUACCUAUGUAUUGUACGGUCACCAGAUUAAAAAGUAUAUUUUUGUGGAUUGCCGCCAACUUGAAAAAAAAAGGCGAGGUCCUUAUUAAGUAGAGUAUUCACUGUUUAAUAUUUACUAUUUUGUUAAAUAUACUGUACUUUCUUUGGAUUUUAAUUAUUAUUAAUAUUAUCCCAAUUUUUCAGAGGGUUGUAUAAAGGGGGGGUUCUCCCCCCUCACUGGUGGUGAAUGUGUGAUGUUAAAUUGUAAUCUCUGUGCUGUAUGGUUAAGCUUCAUUAUACAUUUUAUAUAUAUGUAUAUAAAUAGCAAAGUGACAAAAAUCUGGUGUUAAGUUCAUCCUGCAUAAAUAUAAAAUGUGUUGUAACAGAUUUUAAAAGGCAGUAUUUAAAACUUGCCUUUUGUAAGAAAAAAAAUCAGUGGAAAAAGUUGACCUAAUUGAAUUCAUAUUAGAGAAAGUGGUAACACAUCAGGCGAUCAAACGGUUUUUAUAAGUGGUAAAAAUUUAAGGGAAAACGUUUAUUUUGGAAAUAAAUCUGUUCCUUAAGAAGUUGAGGACAAUUUAAAUGGGAGAUGCUAUUUAAUGAUGCCAAUUGUAAGCAUUGGUCUCCAGCAAAAAUCAACUGGAAUAGAUCUCUUUCUAGUGCAAUCCAUCAUAUGGGCUGUGGAGUUUUAGAAGCAGUGCAAUCCACAUACCUAAGGUAGAUGAAUAGCAGGUAGUUGAAACUCAGUAAGCCAGCUGAGAUGAAAGGAUGUGCCAAGAUUCCAUAUCUGAGAUGCUCUGCAACUUAAAACUGUUCUCCUCUGUGCUUAAAAAGUAGGGCAUCCUUAAAAAAAAAUCAUUUUUUAGUUAGCAUUCAGCAACAAUCCCCAAUUUUUACUUAAGAUAUUCUUUCCUUUCAAAUGACUUUAUUCUGCCAUUUCCUUUCUAAACCAUCCCAAUAAACCUUCUAAUGUCAACAGCCAAAUCAUGACAACUUAGGUCCUGAGCAUGGAAACAACCUGUGGUGUUCCCAGGCAUGGAGAUGAAUCCCCCAGAGCAGCAUAACCAGGUGGCAGUUGAGGUCAGUCAAUUGUAUUUAUUGAGCGCUUACUGUGUGCAGAGCACUGUACUAAGCCCUUGGGAGAGUACAAUAUAACAAUAAACAGACACAUUUCGUGUCCACAGGCAUGUGCAGGCUAGAGCAACUGCCUUUUACUGCAGGCCCAAACACCUUACCCCCCCUUCCCUUGCCCAGCCACAGACAAAUAGCAGAAAACUCAUCACCUACCACCUGUCUGGAGAUGACGUUCAACAGUCAGCCCCUGCUUGGGCCGUGUCUGUUAGCACUGGUUCCUGACAGAUAAUGUUCAUAUGACCCAAAAGAUCUUGCACUCUCAUCACAGAGGCACCAGGCAACUGCCCUUGAUCACAAAGUUAUUGGAAGCAUACUUGACUUCCUGAACUCCUCACAUGUUCACUUUUUACAUGGUGUCACAUUUCUACCUAGCACAUGGUAUCUAAAACUGAAUUUCCAAGAUAAUUUUUACUUCCUUGCCACUUAAUAGACCCUUUAUAACUCUGGAAGUGUUAAGUGAUUCUUUCAUUAUUAUUUAUGCAUGUUCAUGAACUUUUGCUGUACAUUGAAUAGGAGUUAUGCAUUCACAUUUACUGUCUAUUUUCUUGUGUGCCUUAUGAGAUGGCUUUGCUGACUGUAUCUCAAUAGUCUUUAUUUCUAUGCAGGUUUAUAAAGCAAAACAGUUACUGUUUUCUAAAAUGUUACAAGAGGCUCAGAGUUUGUAUUGAAAUCACAUUAAUGAAGUUAAAACUUGUUUGGUUUAUAGGCAUUAAAUAUCAGACUGUUAAACUCUCUCCCAUGAACCCUGUGUGAAACUGAAUCCCAACCGAUAAGCUUUCAGAAGCAUCCCAUUUCUCACAUACAUGCAAACGUACAUACAAUGGAAACUGAUUUUUAAUGAGAACAACACUAAUAGGAUAACUUUGAAGAACCUUUUUUGAGAUGUUAAAGUAUUUUAUAUAAGGCACCAUACAGAAAAGCAUUUCAGUAAUUCAAAUAGAAUAUUUCUUUGAUCUACAAAAGAAAUGAACAAAUUGCACUGAUUAAAGUUUACCAAUAAACAUCCUUUUAGCUGUUAUGUUAAAAACUAAAACCCAUUGUAUACAUAUUGUCCAAAUAAAUCCAAACUCCAUCUUUUGAGCUCUAAUUAAAUGCAUAGUAUUACUGAAUAUCAGGGGUUUGUUAUAAAAGAAUAAUAUGUUUUAGCAUUUCCUUUAACCGUAAAGGACACUAACGCAUCGGAUACUUUCCGGUUUAACUGUCAUGCGCACAAGAAAUACAUAGUAAAUAAGGAACCUAAAAACUCCUGGCAUUGAUCAUGAGAAGAAUAGAUGAUUAGAAUGUGAAAGAAAGAUUUACAAAUGUAAGACGUUUAUUUCUCUGUAGAAACUUUCUUCACUUUGCUGUGCAAGAAGACACUGCUUUGCUAUAUUUAAAAUGGCUUUUUUAAAAGAGAUUUAUGUAUUUGGUAAAUGUUUGUAGUCAACAGUUCACACAAGAAGCUGUUCACGGUUUGAUAAUGUAAAACCGUUUGGCGGCACAAGCUGGACUUUGUUGCCAUCCUUGAGAUGAACCUUUUAAGAAAAAUAAGCGAAUCUCAAUUUUUCCCUGAAUGUGUUGGUUUUUCUUCAUUAUACAAUAAAUAUUCUAGUGAACUUUUUAUCAAAUGGUUAAGAAAAUGCUAGAGGUUGUUGUAAAAUAUUUGUAUCCUGCAUUCACUAAAGUAAAGAUAUACUUGCUUUUACUGUGUA